UAAUGACGUCAUAGGUGUUCCGUCAUCCCGGGCACGAAAAAGCUGUUGGUUUUUCGGGUAUAAUUUUCGAGGGAAAAUCAUGGCUGCAAAUAGAUUAAGAAUUCUCUGCUUGCAUGGUUAUGGUCAAAAUGCAGAUGUUUUUCAAGAAAAAUUAGGUGGCUUUCGAAAGUUUGUCAAACACCUUGCGAGUUUUAGCUUUCUGUCGGCUCCUCACCCCUUAGAUUCUCCCAUUAGUGUAGAAAAAGUCGAUGAACGAGCCUGGUGGCUUAAAAAGGAUGAGAACGAAUUGAUAAUUUACCGCGGAUUUGAAGAGAGUGUGUCGGCCAUAGAGAGACACGUGCAGAGCUGUGGCCCCUUUGAUGGCAUUAUGGGGUUCUCGCAGGGAGCGACGAUGGUGGGGUUGCUGUGCGGGUUGCAGCAGCAGAAAAAACUUAGUUUUGACUUCAAAUUUGCAAUUUUGUUUGCUGGCUUCUGCAGUCGUAGUCAAGCUCAUCAGGAAAUAUACAAAGAGCAGAUUACUCUUCCUACUCUUCAUGUAAUUGGCGAAACAGACCAAAUCAUUCCUAUAGAGGAAGGAGAGAGACUAACAGGACACUUCCUGAACCCCACCAUUCUCCGCCACAAAGGGGGACAUCAUGUACCGUCGUCUGGGCCGCAGAAGGACGUCUACAGGGACUCCUACAGGCAGUUCCUGGGGUCGUUUACUAGUAAUGAAAACGUUGAUGAGGAGUUAGAUUUAUAAGAUCAAAAGGAUGGUUUAGUAACCGUUGUACAAUUUAAAAGAUUUAUAUAAGAGAUUCUAUUUCAAUUUCUCUCAGGAAAGACUAGAAUUUAAAACUUUAUAUAAAAACUUUGGGAAAAGUAUCUUAUGACACAGCAUUUAGUUAAGCAAUGGUAUAAUGCUGAUGGAUAUGUCUGUAUAUUUUGGUCAUGGAUUUUGAAUUUGUAAGUGUCAUUUAUUAUUUCAAUAUAUAUAGGAGAUUAAAAAUUUCUUAUAAUUUCAUAUAUAUUUCUUUGAGAAUACCAAAUUCCCCUUAUCAAAAUCACCUUUGGAAACAUAUCUAUACAUUUCCUAUAACUAGGAUACAAACAUUUAAGUAAUUUUUAAAACUACAUUUCACUUUGAUUUUCCUCAGACUUCUUAUCAUUAAAUAAUUUAUUUUUUAUUAGCUUUUAAAAGUUUAAAAUGUGAGAGAGUUCCUGGGAAGAAACAGUGUGCAAAAGAGCUUUAUAUAAUUUAUGAAAUACUGUACACAUUCAGUAUUUAAAUCUGAGUACAGGUUAACAGGUUAGUGUUUUCUGUUUUCUGGGUUGUUUUUAGAGGAAAUAAGAGAAAUGAAUAAAAGAGGGAGAUAGAUAUAGUUAAAGAGUGAGUGAGUGAGUAGGUGAGUAAACAUACAAGUGAAUGAUUGAGCAAAAUGUGUGUACAUGUGGGUGUGGGUGGAUGAGUGGGUACAUGUAGGCUUGCAUGCAUACAUACAUAAUCAUGUAUGUGCAUGCAUCUCUGCAUUACCAAAUGGAUAAUUUUUUUUUUUUUUUUUCUAAUUCAGCACUAAUUCAUAUGUGUUUUUUGUUAUCAUUAUUAUAAUUAUUAUUUUGAAGUAUGGAAGUUUACCAAUGUUCUAUAUAGGACCACUGAUUGUACCUAUAUUUAUAUUUUUUUCUUUUUUUCAUUUUGAAUGUUGUCUCCAGGACACUUGCUACAAUUGAUAAAGCAUUAUUCUAAAAAACUCAUUUGAGCAUAAGAAGUCAAAUAACCUAAGAACAUUCACAAAAUAUAAUGAUUAGUAAAAUUACUUAUGACAGUGAAAUAUACGAAUUACAGUUUACAUAUGAUUAUGUUGUAGGGUAAGCCGAAGUAGUUUAAUCAAUAUCAUGUUAUAAUUCCAAGGAAAAAAUGUGAUGGUAGGAUGCAGAAAGAGUAUAUUUUGACAGGUUUUGACCGUAUUUGACUGCUGCUUUUAGUGGUAAUGAGGCUGUGGCUGAAGAGAGGUGACAAUCGUAUCCUAAGCGUUAAACCAUACAGAGUCUAAAUAUAACUAGGGGUGAGUUAAAACCAAGGGAAUAAUGUGUAUUUUUGGUAUGUGGAUUCACCCUUGCUUAGGAGUAGUUUUUUCUAUAUGUAUAUACAUAUAAUUAUGUAUAUAUGUAGAAUAUAUAUACAUGUGAAAGUAUGAAUAAACUUCAUGUAUAAUUUCCCAUGUAAAUAUUGUUUUAUGAUGCUUACACUUCGUAGAUGUUAGUGCAAUCAGAAAGGAUUUUGUGCUACUUAUUAAUAUAAUUGUGAAUUCAGUUUAGUAGUAAUAGGGGAUACAAAAAAAAAAUUAUAUAUAUAAAAAAAAAAUUGUUAACAUAAAAUCCCAUACUAUAUAUACUGCCAUAAAAAAAAAAACUUUGUAAUCAUACAUGCACUAAGUUUGCACUGUUACUGAUAUGAUUGCCAAGAUACUUAUAGUUCUGAUUCCAAAACAUGAUGAACAUUACUUUUAGAGAAGCUUACAGAAGCAGUGUUUUGAGAUUUUCUUUAUAACUCAGAAUGAAGCAUAAAUGGAUCAGAAAAUAAGACAAGAGCAGUACAAUUGUUUCUCUUUCUGUCGUGAAUUGUAACUUCAACUUGAUAUAUUUGCCUCACGCACACCUGAGAACAUGUAUUCACGCAAAUUCUUACACAAAAGUUACACAUCCCAGUUUCCCUUUGCUUUUGAUGUACUUUUUUCAUUCCAUUUCAUGUGAACUAUAUAAAUGUAUAUAAAUGUUAUUUUUCAUUUAAUUUUAAGAGCAAAGCAAUGAUUACUACUACUACUACUACUACUACUACUAUUACUAUUACUAUUACUAUUACUACUAUUACUAUUACUACUAUUACUAUUACUAUUACUAUUACUACUAUUAUUACUACUACUACUAUUACUACUACUACUACUACUACUACUACUAUUACUACUACUACUACUAUUACUAUUACUAUUACUAUUACUACUAUUACUAUUACUAUUACUAUUACUACUAUUAUUACUACUACUACUAUUACUACUACUACUACUACUAUUACUACUACUACUACUACUACUAUUACUACUACUACUACUACUACUAUUACUACUACUACUACUACUACUACUACUACUACCACCACCACUACUACUACCACUACUACCACCACUACUACUACCACUACUACUACCACCACUACCACUACCACUACCACUACCACUACUACUACCACUACUACUACUACUAUGACUACUACUAGUAUUUACUACUACUAGUAUUUGUUACUACUAGUAGUAUCUACUACUACUAGCAUCAACUACUACUAGUGUUAACUGCUACUACUAGUGUUUACUACUACUAUUACUAUUACUACUACUAGUAUUUACUACUACUAGUAUCUACUAUUACUAGUGAUUACUACUACUACAACUGCUACUACAGUAAUUAUGUGUACAGGGUGCAUGUAUGAAAGAUGAUCCACAUGGUUAUCUUAGUAUUUAGUAUUUAGUUUGUGUGUUUUUGUAAAUGACAUGAGUUGACUAAGGCAUCUGUAGUUCAUACUGACGUAUAAACUACGAAACUGCUGUGUUUUGCACCAAGCAGUAAUAGAAAGCAUUACAUACUGUACAAUAGAAAUUCUCGUGCUUGUGUUUCGUAAUAACUGAAAUAAGAUGAAUGUGAUACGUGCAAUUGUAAACUUUGGAAGAGCUCAGAAACAGUUACUAUUUACUGUUACUCUUUCUUUUAGUUUAUGGUUAUUAUACCCUUAUUAUAUUUACUUGUUGUUUUAGCUCAGUCAUGGUUAUUGUAAUGUAUUAACAAAAAUGCAUUAUUAAGUAACUAUUUUUAAUUCUGAACUUUCGUUGUUCAGGAUGUCGUGUUUUGUAUGCAUGUUCUCAUGUAACAAAACUUCAAUUUAAGGCAUACAGGGAGAUAUCAAGGGAGAUGCAGAUGCAGACUCUAGUAUCGCAACAGUCACGGAAAGUAGGUGAACCAUGGAUGCUCUGUUAUUUCUCCCUGUAAAUGAUUGAACAGGACAUAUACCCUCUGCUCAGUAAUGUGUGAAGGCUCAUUUUUAUUUCCCCAUAAUUCACACAGCGUGCUCAAACUUGGCUCUUCUGAACAACAGCUCAAUAUUCCCUGUGGCAGGGAUUUGCCAAUACUGACAGGGAACCACCGCAUCAGGAUUACUUCGGCUCAAGAUUCAAAAAACAUGUACCCCAUUACCUCAAGUGUGGAAGACAUGGGAUGCAUAUUUUCAACCGAGAACUUAUUUAGGUCUUCCACAGAAUAUGUCGCCUAAAGAUGAUAAAAUAAAUCUACAGGAUAAGUCUUCGAUUCAUUGCUGUUCUUAGUACUAAAGACAUUAAAUUUCAGUUUGUAAGCAUGUGUACAAUGACAGACAAACUAUUAACAUUUACCUCAACGCUACCAGAGAAAAGCACACAUUUUCAAGUAUUACAAUAACCUCUUUCUUCAAAAUCUUCAAUGUUAAUGUACUCUUACAAAUUUAAUGAUAUGACACAUAUCAGAAAAAUAGACAAAAAAAAAAAAAAAAAAAAAAAAAAAAAUGGUAGUUUUCGUAAUCAGCUUCGCAGUGUGGGAUAUAAGCGGUUACUUUGGUUUGUCAUUGUACAUAAAAGGGGUAAAAAAUGCAUGAAGGGUUUGCCAAUGUAAAGGGUAGAAAUUAGCAUUACAUCAUGUUUAUGUGGUUUUAAUACCCAUUUUAUAGACAGAAAAAGAAAGAAAAAAAAAUCAGUGAGCUGUAAAAUGUGGAAUCUUAAUAGGGGCUAUAUUAUUGUGUGUCUGUUUGUACAUAUGUAUGUGCAUAUGUGGGACUUUCUCUUUUUAUGAAUAAUGUCAUUAAUGGAAGGUAAAUAAAAUUUCAACCCAUUUUAAGAAAAAA